GGUUUUGUCUUUCUCAAACAUCUCUCUCUCUUUCUCUCUCCUCUGCAUCACCGUUUUCCAUCUCAAAACACAAACACUCUCCCCACUCGUUCCUCCCACGCAUCACAUCACAUUCACAUUCUUCAAACUUUAACUCCCUUCACACCCAAAAAAUCCCAAACUUGCAUUAAUUCAAUAACAAAUCCAAGAAACAAACAUACCCCACAUACAACAACGACCAUUUUACCUUAUUUAAUCACCACCGUUCAUACAUCUUUCCAUUUCUCAUCUUGGGUCAUCACUCAUUACCAUUUACUUCACAAACACACAAUCAAAAACCAACCUUUUCAUAUCUCUCUCAUAUAUCUAGCUCUUUCUAUUCAUUCCAAUUUCAACGAUACCCUUUUCAAUGAAUGCACUAUAGGUACUGGAAAGUGGCGAAAUUGUUUAGAGAAAAACAACUCAGAUGGAUUUCUCUUCCUUCAUAACAUCUCUUGGUACUUCCUUUUUGGUGUUUCUGGUUUUGAUGAUUUUGUUUACUUUUUUAAGAAGUAAACCUGGAAACAAUGUGGUGUACUAUCCUAAUAGGAUUAUUAGGGGUAUGGAUCCAUUUGAAACUGGAUAUAAGUCAAGAAACCCUUUCUCUUGGAUCAUAGAGGCUUAUUCUUCUUCUGAACAAGAUGUUAUUGAUAUCUCUGGUGUUGAUGCUGCUGUCUACUUUGUCUUUCUCAGCACUGUAUUCAUUAUCCUAAUAUUAGCCGGCAUUAUUCUGCUACCCGUUCUUCUACCUGUUGCUAUAACGGAUGGUGGUGGAAAGAAACAAACAGUUAGCAAAGGGACUUUCAAUGAACUUGACGAGUUAUCGAUGGGAAACAUCACAGCAAGCAGUGCAAGGUUGUGGGCGUUUUUUAUUGCCUGCUAUUGGAUUUCACUUGUUUCGUUAUACUUCUUAUGGAAGGCUUAUAGACACGUCUCGUUUCUGCGAUCUGAAGCUUUCAAGUCUCCUGAUGUAAAGCCCGAACAGUUUGCAAUAGUUGUGAGAGACAUCCCUCCUGUUCCUGAGGGUCAGACUAGGAAGGAGCAGGUUGACUCUUAUUUUAAAGCCAUAUAUCCCGAAGCAUUUUACAGGUCUAUGAUUAUAACAGACAAUAAAGAGGUGAACAAGAUUUGGGAGGAGCUGGAAGGGUAUAAGAAGAAGCUUGCCCGUGCCGAAGCAGUAUAUGCAGGUUCAAAAACAACUGCUAAACCAGAAGGUACAAGACCAACCAACAAGACUGGCUGUCUUGGAAUUAUCGGUAAAAAAGUGGACAGCAUAGAGUAUUGCAAUGAAAAGAUUAAUGAAUUGGUUGCGAAAUUGGAAACUGAGCAAAAGGUUACGCUCAAAGAAAAGCAACAAAAUGCUGCUAUAAUUUUUUUCUCAAAUAGGGUGGUUGCAGCAUCUGCAUCUCAGAGUUUACAUGCGCAAACAGUUGAUAGGUGGUCAGUUUUCGAUGCUCCUGAACCCUGUCAACUACUAUGGCCUAAUUUGAAAAUCAAGUAUUUUCAAAGAGAACUGAGGCAGUACUUGGUCUAUUUCAUUGUCGCACUCGCCAUAUUCUUUUACAUGAUUCCCAUCACAUUUAUAUCUGCAUUUACGACUUUGAAGAACUUGGUGAAACUUCUCCCAUUCCUAAAAUCAGUUGUGAAAAUCGCGGCUUUGAGGACAGUGCUGGAAGCUUAUCUCCCUCAAAUUGCACUGAUAGUUUUCUUGGCCAUGUUACCAAAGUUGCUUAUGUGUCUGUCUAGAUUAGAGGGCAUUCCAACUAAAAGCCAUGUGGUCAGGGCUGCUUCUGGAAAAUAUUUUUAUUUUACGGUGUUGAACGUUUUCAUCGGAGUUACUUUAGGUGGAACCUUGUUCAAAACAUUCAAGCAAGUUCAGGAUAAACCGAAAGAUGUUGUGCGCUUGCUAGCUGAAAGUCUUCCAGGCAAUGCUACUUUUUUCUUGACCUAUGUCGCUCUGAAAUUUUUUAUCGGCUACGGCCUUGAGCUGUCCCGGAUAAUUCCUCUUAUUAUCUACCAUUUGAAGAAAAAAUUUCUAUGCAAGACUGAAGCUGAGUUAAAACAAGCUUGGGCUCCUGGAGAUCUUUCUUAUGCAACAAGAAUUCCCAGUGACAUGCUUAUUGUCACAAUUGUUUUCUGUUAUUCUGUUAUUGCUCCUCUUAUCAUCCCAUUUGGUGCUCUCUAUUUUGGCCUCGGAUGGCUCGUAUUGCGAAAUCAGGCACUCAAAGUAUAUGUACCAGCAUAUGAAAGUUAUGGAAGAAUGUGGCCGCACAUAAACAACCGUAUAAUAGCAGCUUUGAUAUUGUACCAGAUAACCAUGUUUGGGUACUUUGGGGUGCAGAAAUUCGUCUAUGCACCAUUAUUGCUUCCUCUUCCAAUAAUGUCUAUAUUAUUCGGCUUUGUUUGCGCGAAAAGAUUUUAUCCGUCUUUCCAAAAUCAAUCACUUGAGGUUGCAGCAGCUUCGGCGCUUAAGGGAGUUCCAAACAUGGAAUUGAUGUUCAGGGCUUUCAUUCCACCAAGCUUGAGUUCUGAGAAAAUCGACGAUGAUCAGUUCGAAGAUUUUGAAGAUGCGCGGUCUCAAGUUUCAAGAUCAACAUCAUUUGUUUGAUGUGGUUUUAGUUGUUCAGCUGCCUUGUGUAGUAUAAUGUUUUUAGAUAUUGUCGAUAACAAGUUUUAGGAAUCAGGGAGUGUUUGUGAAUGUGAUUAUGUUAAGUUGAGAUUUGUUGGUUUGAAAAUAUUACUAUUGUACACUGUUUGUUCCACUUGUAAUAGAUGUGAAGUGUUUUGAUGUUUAUAA